GGAUACACUAAGGGUUAAGCGUUUUAUAAGUUGGACAGAGAAAAUGGAAGUGCUAAGACGAGACUGAAAUAGAACGAUUAAGAGAGUUUGGCAUUAAUAUAAGGACAUAGACGGUUAGUAAGAAGGACAGACCUCAGAGAACGGAGAAGAGACAAAAUAGCGAAAGAAAAAGAGAGAAGAAAACAGCUUCUCACUAACCCCCGCCUUGUACCCGCACAGAGCCCCGCGGGUGUGAGGUGCCGCCCACACCACUUGGUACGCCUACCUGAUGGCACGAUGGGCGAGGCGCCACCCGCCCCUGCCGCCCGGCCCACCGCGGGCGUGGCGGAGGCGGGUGGCCCAACUGGCGGCGGCGAUAGCGUUCCUGCUUGCCCUCGGGACGCCGGCCUACGCUAUCGUGCCGCAGUUCUACGAGGCGGAUAAGAUGUCGGCGCUUAGGCUCCCCGCCGACACGCCGGUCGGGGAGCUCAUCUACCGCCUGAGGGCCUCCGACGCCGACAGGAACUACCCGCUCACCUUCUCCAUUGGAGGCGUGGACCGGAACAUGCUCUCUGUGAAAUCCGACCGAGAUGAGUUCGGAUACGUGUUCCUUCGUCAGCGUCUCAACGAGAGGAAGAAUUACUCGUUCGUGGUGACGGUUUCGGACACAGACGGCGACACGACGGAGGUCAUCUCGAGGAUCAUACCGACGAGUGGGAGGACGCCGCUGUCGGAUAUCUUUCUUGAUUUCUCCUCGUCGGCGACGGUGAAGGAGAAUUCACCCGUGGAUACCAACAUAGCGUCCGUCGUGGUGCGAAGGAGACCCGCUUACACUGUGGAUUUCGAAAUUGUUGGAGAAUUAAGGUUCAUGUUCAAGGUAUCGUCUCGUCUCUUCUACACCGACAGCUUCCAAGGACAGGUGAAGCUACAGGGCCAACUGGACUACGAGAAGAGCAACCUCUACGUGUUAAUACUGUGCGCCCUGAAUCCCUACACGAACGAGAUCUUCGACACCAGGAACAUAGCCUGCAUAAGCAUCUCCGUGAUAGUGGAAGAUGAGCAGGAUAUGCCGCCCAUCUUCAUCUGGGCGCCGCCUGUCACGCGCAUUACGAGCAACCAUAGGGAGGGCGAUGAGUUAGUCGUCAUAACAGCCGUGGAUGGCGACAGGAGGCUAAACAGGCCUAUAAGAUAUUCCAUCCUCUCCGCCUCCACGCUCUACGCCAAAUAUUUCGGUAUCAACCCAGAGACAGGCGCCAUCUCCCUCGAGGACACAAUCAACAGCCUCAUCGAAGCCAUGACGACGCUGGAGCCGAUCUUGGUGACCGUGACGGCGCAGGAACUCACGGAAUCGGACACGCUCGUUCCUGAGGAGAUGUAUACGUCCAAAGUCGAGAUCGCUUUCGUCAUCAUGGAUUCGGACAUGAUGAUUCCCAAGUUCGUCCAUGAGAUGUACGUGGGUGAGGUACGUGAGAACAGCGCGCCAGAUACGGUUAUCUCUUUCCCCGUUCCCUUCCUCAAAAAGGGUGUACGUGGGAUGUUUGCCCUGGAACUGCAAGGCGACGAAGGGAUAUUCGCCGUUGAACCGAACGUCGUAAGGGAUUCAUCAUCUUUCAUCAUCAAGGUCAAGAAUCCACAGCUGCUGGACUACGAGACCAUGACCAAGAUUGAGUUCAAGUUAAUAGCACAGCAAGUCUCAGGCAGUGCACAGGGAACCGGGACCACGUCUGUGAGAAUCAACAUUUUAGACGUCAAUGAUAACAUCCCUGUGUUCACGAGACAGCUGUACCAGGCGGAGAUCUUCGAGAACAUCACCGCUGGAACGUCGAUUGUUAAGGUCCAAGCCACAGACAUCGACCGGGGAGACUUCGGUGCCAUCCGCUACACCUCCCUCACGGGGAAGCUUGCAGACCGUUUGCAACUAGACCAACUCAGCGGCCUCAUCACCUGUGCAACAAACAGCCAUGAGUUCGAUCGUGAGCUCAAUCCAGGUGAGGUCCAGCUCACAGUCGAAGCCAGGGACGACAACGGCAAAGGGAACGCAGCCACGGCAAGGAUCCUUCUUCAUCUGAAGGACAUCAACGACAAACCACCCAGGUUCCUCGAGGCGAUCUACACGGGCGUGAUGACCCCGGAUCGGGCGAGCCUCAAGUCGCCUCUGAGGGUACAGGCUGUCGACGACGACGCAGAAGAACCCAACAACCAGAUCGUCUACAGCAUUGACUCGGGCCUCUUCUCACAGAACUUCAGGGUCGACAGAACCUCAGGGGAAAUCUCGGUGGUUCAGGGGCUCAGCUAUCCCCAGGUGGCCGGCCUAAACACAGGGCGGUCGGAGAGAGCAUUUGGCAACGACGAAGUAAUCAAAUUCACAGUUACAGCGUCUGAUCAAGGAACACCUCAGCUGAGCAAGAGCGUGCCGGUGCAGAUCUUCACACAGGAGUUUGUAGACAGGUUUAUCACGUUCAUUUAUCCAAAGCCACCUGUGGAAGUGGGAGCUAGCAAGCGUGAGAUCGAGAACCAGCUGGAGACGCUGACGGGGGGGAUUACGGAGAUCAAGGAGAUCAAGGCCUACAGUGUGGCAGACGACACAAGGUCCUCUUUGGAUAAGAGUGUUGUCACGGCCUUAGUGAGAUACGAAGUCAACACCGUGGUCGAUGUGGAGAAAAUUUCGAAGCAGCUUCUGAACACAACGAGACCUCUCGUGAACGAUCCCAGGCCUGUCGAGUACGAGGAACUCACCUCAGAGAGAAACUCCUACUUGGCCGGUGUUGUGGUUCUGUGUGUCUUCAUGGCCAUCAUUAUCAUCCUCCUCCUUCUCUGCUGCUUCUGCCCGGGAUGUCCUCUCUAUAAGGACAGGAAAAAGAUGAAGAUGGUCGGCGACGAGAACGCAGAGCGAGUGUCGUACAUCCGCGUGGACGACCGCGGUGGCUACCGUGAGGGGCAGCCCGAGGAGCGCAUGUGGUGGGAGUACCUCCCCAACUGCUGCCUCGACAUCGCCGCCAACUGUGGCUUCAAUCGGCCGCCGAAGCGCGUGAGCAGCAACAACGGCGGCCGCUUGGCGUGGAGUGGCGACGAGCGGCAGCGCUACUGGCAAUUCGGCGAGCGCGGCGAGGGCUCCAUGCUCGAGGACCGCAUGAUGCCCCGCCGAGGCCCGCGCGACCUGGUGCUCCUCGAGGACCUGGACGAGGCGCGGCUGCAGCAGCAAGGCCGGAUGGUACGUGUUGAUUCCCGUACUUCGCACCGUUCACAGGAGCCGCGCAGGGUGUUUGUGUUGAGAGACCAACGUGGAAAUCCUCGUAUUACAGAGUCCCUUAGAGAGGGAGAACAUUACGUGAUGGAGGACGUAGACGACACUCCCAGGAACAUGCGCAUGGAAGACCCCAGAGGCAUGCGCUAUGAAGACGCAAGAGGCAUGCGCAUGGAUGACCCUCGGGGUAUGCGCAUAGAAGAUCAGCGAGGUCCGCUUCCCCAGCAGAGCAUAGAUGACGAUGUUACUUACGCUCGGCAGGGAAACGCGGAGGUCCUCCGACUACACGCCAGCCCGCGCGGCGCCGUGCCCCUCGAUGACGGGGCGACGGGCCGGCACAGUCGCCCAAUCUACAGGCGGGCUGGCGUGGAGCCGGAGGGGAUCGUACUUACUCAGGAGGAGAUGCAGAGAAGGGCACUCAUGCACGAGGACGCGGGGGGCGGGCCGAUGAGCGCCCGCCUGGUGGAAGGACAGUCAGUGGGCGUGACGCCGCGAUCAGAGGACCUGCUUCUGUACGAGGGAAGCCGGUUCUACGAUCACGGCUCGCGGCGCCACCACAUGGAGUCCCCGCCACAAACAGACGUACAGAUCCAGACGGAGGAUCUGGGAAACGGCCGCCAAGAGCAGGCGGUGCCGCGUCUAAGAAUAAAAACGCCAAUCGAGGAGGAGACAAACAGCCUGCUCGAGGCCGAGGGAAUUCGGUCGUCAAGAAGAGAAAAGCACCAACGGGAAAGAAGAAGGUCGCAGGGGAACAUCGAGCCGCAGGUCCACGAAGACAACGCGAGUCGCAAGUCGAUGAAGGUGCAGCAGCCGGCCAACUCCCUCUAUCACCACACGAAGGCGUCCAUUCUCCGUUUCGAGUCCAACAAGGCCAAGCUGGACGACGAGAAGGACGGCAAGAAGGAAGCUUCGACUUCCCGCAGGAACAGCAUCAGCGGAACGGAUGGCCGCCGCAGCUCGAGCGUCGACAGCAAGGGUACGGAGAGCCGCCGCUCCUACAGCCACUCCAACUUGGACGGACGCCGCUCCAACAGCCAGGCGGCACUCGAUGGCCGCCGCUCCAACAGCCAGGCCAACUUGGAGAUCCCUCGUGGGAGUAUGCCCGACAGCCGCACCAGCGUGGAGAGGCGCGGCUCGCUCCCCGGCCUGGAGACGACCACCGGGCUGGAGCGCGAGGCGGCGCAGCGCUCGCACGGCCGCCGGGACUCGCUCGGCGGGCAGGAGCGCCAGGACGAGGCGAUGUACGCGGCCGAUGGUAAGAGCAUGCACAGCAGCGACUACGAGGAGGAGUCGGGGGAGGAGAAGGAGUACAAGAGCACGAGAAGACGGCAGAGGAGGGCCUCUCAGUCGCGCUACAUGGAGUGGUACGACCGAGGGAGAGACUCGAAGGCCAAAGACUCCAAGGACUCCAGAGCGAGGGACUCCAAAGAGCCCAGGGAGAGUCGGAACCGCUCGGUCGACCGAUCCCACCAGGACUCGGACUCCAAGGCGGAGUUCACGGAGGGGCAGAGCCGCGCCAGCACCGAGCUGCGAGGCGGAGCCGACUCCAAGAGCCUCUCGAGAAUCCCGCGGCCACAGGGAGCCUCCUCCUCCAACCUCCCCGACGACCUGAAGGUACAGGAGGGCGAGGAGGAGCUUCGCUACAUGAUGGACCGUGAGAUCAACCUGGGCGUGAGUCAGUCGCAGGUGUUCGAAGGCGAUGCGGACCUGGAGGUGGCGGCGGCGGCGCGGGGGAGGCGGAAGAGGAACCACCUGCUGGAGAAGAAGAGUAUAUUUACCAUAGCCUACGACGACAUGCAGACGGACACGCUCAGACCUAAUUCAGCGGCCGCAGAGCCUUAAUGAGUGCUGGUCAUUUAGUAAAAAAAAUAUAUCGUUCCUAUGGUUUAAAGAUUUAAAGUGCGAAAAUGUAGUGCUAGUUUUCCGAGAUGUGCAGUCAAUGGAUCAAAAUUAGAGUACACACAUAUGAAAAGAAUUGUUGACUUUUAAAGCACUGCGGCUGACGAUGUUGUUAAGUCUGGAGUUUGGUAAAUAUAUUUUGUAUGACUAUUUGCAGAUUAUAAAUAUAGAUAAUAUUUAGAGAUACGAUAAGGAAAGGGGAUGAAAAAAUACAUUUGUAUUUUCUUUGGUCCCUGUGUCAUACAGCCUGACUGUAUGACUGACACGGACCAAAUGUGUGAAUACAACACCGGAAACAGAUGGGAAAUGACUAUACAAAAUCUUCUGUACUCAUUUGUUAUACACAUGAUAAUAAUAUGAUUAGAUUCCAAAGUGAUAUAUAUUUAGAUCGUGCACUAGACAGUAACACAUAUUCAUUAUUACAGUCCAUUUUUUAUUUAUAAUCAUUAAUGAUUUGGAGAGCAUUGUCCCCCCAAUGAAGGAUGUAAGAAGAAGCAUUCAUCAUAUAAACUAAAGAAUAGGGAGCUCUUAUUCUAUCCGCUGAUUGGCUAGAAUGAAAGGUUCAUUUAGCCAAUAAGCGGAGAGGCUUUUACAAUCACGUGAGCUUCCAUUCAUUAGUAUUUUUCUGAAUGAAUUCAUCUUUGUUUUACUUUUAUCAUAUUUUGCAAAGGGAUACUGAAAGGUGUUUACCUGUUUCUACACAAAUGUAAAACAAAACCUCUUGUUACCGAAAUGUUCUCCCCAAAAGGUGUAUUUUGUAAGAAUGAUAUACACUGUAUACCGUAAUUAUUGUAAUGAAUUAUUUUAAGUCUUCAUUGGCCAACAAUGGCAUUCUUUUAUUAUAAUUGUUUGUUAUUGGGCUGUCAUUCUGUAAUAUGUGAACACUGUUAUUUUUUGGAGACAGGAGAGUCGAAAUAAUGAAGAGGCUGGGAACAUAUACAUAUAUAUUAUUUUUCUGCAUGAACGUUUGCAUGUUACUUAAAUAUAUCUCAUGUACACAGUUCAUACUGACCAUAUAUAAUGCAUUCAUCAUUUUGAUCAUGAUGACUGAAUCAUAUCAUGGCUUCAUUUCUAGGGAACUUGUCGAUGUAGUGAAACAUUAUUCCAUCCUAAAAGUGAUAUAUCAAGCCACCGAUUUGUAUGGUAUUGAAAAAAGAUAUAUGCUUUAACUAUGGGUUUGCGAAUCUGAUAUCAUGAAAUAGUUGGUAAGUAGCUCUUUAAUUUUCGAAACUGUAGCCGUCCAUACACAGGGAAUAAACAAUGUAUAUAUAUAUAUGUAUAUAUAUAUGUAUAUAUAUAUAUUAUUUAACAUUCACACACACACACACACAAACACACGCACGCACACGCACACGCACA